AUGCACGCUCUAACAGAAAGUACCCAAGUCAGCGAACUUUUAAUCGAAUUGAUCGACUGGGAAAACGGGAAGGUGUAUGCAUAUUAUGGCACUUUUAGAGUCGGGAGUGAAGAUAAAGGUUAUGGGUUGAAAAUUGGUGAUUAUAGUGGCAAUGCUGGAGAUUGUCUGGCGGCACAUGACGGACGGAAGUUUAGUACGAAGGAUAAAGAUCAGGAUGCCCAUGAUACCGUACAUUGUGCUAACCAUUACAAUGGGGGGUGGUGGUAUGCGGCUUGCUUCAGGAGUAAACUCACCGGCAAAUACAUCAGAGGUAACACCAGCACUAAUCAAGGUAUACAUUGGGACCUGUUUCACCCAAACACGUACAGUCUGAAGCAAGUGAGGAUGAUGUUGAGGCCAGGAGAACUGUGGACCUAG